CGCGCGCGGCGGUUGGGCCGUUGCCUGUUCGGCCCUGGGAUCCGCGUCUCUGUGAGCAGUCGGCUCUGACCCGGGAGUCGCCGUGAGCACUCGGAUUCGAGUCGGUGCCGAGGAGCCCGGGGGCAUUGCCCACAGCGGCCAAGCUCAUGGCCGGCUGAGCGGGACGCCGCCUCCGCCUCAGCCACCGCCGCCGCCGCCGCCGCCUCCUCCUCCUCAGCCGGCGGCGGCCCGGGCCCAGCAGCCAUGGCCGAAGACUACUGGGACGGGCGCCUGCGGCGAACAGGAGGAGAAGGAGGUCGUGCGGCCUGUGGCCAGGCCGCCGCCCCAGGCGCCGCCGCGCCGGCCCCGCGGCUCUGAGGUUUCUCGCGCGCCCCCGCCGGUCGCCAUGGAUCGGAUGAAGAAGAUCAAACGGCAGCUGUCAAUGACACUCCGAGGGGGCCGAGGCAUAGACAAGACCAAUGGUGCCCCAGAACAGAUAGGCCUAGAUGAAAGUGGUGGUGGUGGUGGCAGUGACCUUGGGGAGGCCCCCACACGUACUGCCCCUGGAGAACCUCGCUCUGGACGGGGCCCACUCAGCUCUGCACCAGAGAUCGUGCAUGAGGACUUGAAGAUGGGGUCUGAUGGGGAAAGUGACCAGGCUUCAGCCACGUCCUCGGAUGAGGUGCAGUCUCCAGUGCGUGUGCGCUUGCGCAACCACCCUCCACGCAAGAUCUCCACAGAGGAUAUCAACAAGCGCCUAUCGCUACCAGCCGAUAUCCGGCUGCCUGAGGGCUACCUUGAGAAACUGACCCUCAAUAGCCCCAUCUUUGACAAGCCCCUCAGCCGCCGUCUCCGCCGUGUCAGUCUGUCCGAGAUUGGCUUUGGGAAAUUGGAGACCUACAUCAAGCUGGACAAGCUGGGUGAGGGUACCUAUGCCACCGUCUACAAAGGCAAAAGCAAACUCACGGACAACCUUGUGGCACUGAAGGAGAUCAGGCUGGAACAUGAAGAGGGAGCACCCUGCACGGCCAUCCGGGAAGUGUCCCUGCUCAAGGAUCUCAAACAUGCCAAUAUCGUCACACUUCAUGACAUCAUCCACACGGAUAAGUCCCUCACGCUUGUCUUUGAGUAUCUGGACAAGGACCUGAAGCAGUACCUGGAUGACUGUGGGAACAUCAUCAACAUGCACAACGUGAAACUGUUCCUGUUCCAGCUGCUCCGUGGCCUGGCCUACUGCCACCGGCAGAAGGUGCUACACCGAGACCUCAAGCCUCAGAAUCUGCUCAUCAAUGAGAGGGGAGAGCUCAAGCUAGCUGACUUCGGCCUGGCCCGAGCCAAGUCAAUUCCAACGAAGACAUACUCCAAUGAAGUAGUGACACUGUGGUACCGGCCCCCUGACAUCCUGCUCGGGUCUACAGACUACUCUACUCAGAUUGACAUGUGGGGUGUGGGCUGCAUCUUCUAUGAAAUGGCCACAGGCCGGCCCCUCUUUCCGGGCUCCACAGUAGAGGAACAGCUGCACUUCAUCUUUCGCAUCUUGGGAACCCCAACUGAGGAGACAUGGCCAGGCAUCCUGUCCAAUGAGGAAUUCAAGACAUACAACUACCCCAAGUACCGUGCUGAGGCCCUUUUGAGCCAUGCACCCCGACUUGACAGUGAUGGGGCUGACCUCCUCAACAAGCUGCUGCAGUUUGAGGGUCGAAAUCGGAUCUCCGCAGAUGAUGCCAUGAAACAUCCAUUAUUCCUCAGUCUAGGGGAGCGGAUCCACAAACUUCCUGACACUACUUCCAUAUUUGCACUAAAGGAGAUCCAGCUACAAAAAGAAGCCAAUCUUCGGUCUUCGUCAAUGCCUGACUCGGUUACCGGCGGACAGCAUGGCCGUGCCAGCCUCCCACACUGAGGCCAGGCCUCUCUCUCCUCGUCGUACCCUCCCCCAGGACCACUACCCCACGGCCAGCCAGGGGUCCGGAACUAGCCCAGGCUGGGGAUCUCGAUUCAGACAAGAUGGUGGCAAUGCCUUGGGUCUGAGUGUCCCCUGCCUGCUUUCCUGCUACCACACCUGCCUCAUGUUAUGUGGGCCUUUUUUUGGUUUGUUUCAUUCAUUGUUAUUUUUUUUUUUAUUAUUUUAAAUGAGGUUUUCAUUUUUUUAAAUGCAAUAUCUCUGUAUACAGACUGGCUGGGCCCCACCCCCUGUGUGUGGCCCUCCCACAGUAUUUUGUGCAAUGAAGCCCCGCUCCCAGCCUCUCAGGCAGGGACAUAGCCCCUAUUCACAACCCUGACCUUCAUCAGACCCUGGGAUUGGCUAUAGGAAAGCAUGCCUCGGCAAAACGCCUUCCUACCCCUGCCUGCCAUCCCCAGCUGCAGGGGGAUGGGGAGUACUGGAGACUCUGCAAGAUGGACAAGGUGGAGGGACCCACUCUUCUCCAGUCCUGUAGCUGGGGCCUCCUUCCUUCUCAGGGUCUCCCCCACCCAGCCCUUCUUCCCCCUUCCCACUUGGUGCUGUUGAGUAGGGGCCCUGCCAGGAACUGACCAACUCAGCAAGGAGCCAUAAUGUAUGUAUGUGCACAAGCAGGGACAGAGGGGGCAUGUAGAAGUGUGUGCCCACUUGGUGCCCCAUAACUCCUGAUUGGGGGUGAGGCAGGGCAGGGACAGUCUUUGGGGUCAGUCCCCUUGGGUGGUUACCUCCCUUUGUUCCACCCUAAGCCCUGGGGCCCUCAAAUGGGGUGGGGGGUCGGGGGUGGGAGCCCUCCUCAUGGGGUUUGGGGGGUUGGGUUCCUGAAUGCACCAUAAUCGCUGUAUGAACUAUUAAAAAGUCUAAAGUG